AUGAGCUACUACGGCAGCAGCUACCCCAUCGUCAGCGUGGACCCCAAGUGCCCGGGGUACACCCCGGAGCACCUUCUGGCCGAGAAGCGCAGAGCGAGGCGGCGCCUGCUGCACAAGGACGGCAGCUGCAACGUGUACUUCAAGCACAUUUUCGGGGAGUGGGGCAGCUACGUGGUGGACAUCUUCACCACGCUCGUGGACACCAAGUGGCGCCACAUGUUCGUGAUCUUCUCGCUGUCCUACGUCCUCUCCUGGCUGACCUUCGGCUUGGUCUUCUGGCUCAUAGCCUUCCAGCACGGCGACCUGCAGAACGGCGGCCCGGACGCCACGCCUUGCGUGGACAACGUCCACUCCUUCACCGCGGCGUUCCUCUUCUCGCUGGAGACCCAGACCACCAUCGGCUACGGCUACCGCUGCGUCACCGAGGAGUGCCCGGUGGCCGUGCUCACGGUCAUCCUGCAGUCCAUCCUGAGCUGCGUCAUCAACACCUUCAUCAUCGGGGCGGCCCUGGCCAAGAUGGCCACGGCCAGGAAGCGGGCGCAGACCAUCCGGUUCAGCUACUUCGCGCUGGUGGGCAUGAGGGACGGCAAGCUCUGCCUCAUGUGGCGCAUCGGGGACUUCCGCCCCAACCACGUGGUGGAGGGCACGGUCCGCGCGCAGCUGCUGCGCUACGCGGAGGACGGCGAGGGGCGCGUGACCAUGGUCUUCAAGGACCUGAGGCUGCUCAACGACCAGAUCAUCCUCGUCACCCCGGUGACCGUCGUGCACGAGAUCGACCGCGACAGCCCCCUCUACGCGCUCGACCGGAAGGCCGUGGCCAGGGAUAACUUUGAGAUCCUGGUGACGUUCAUCUACACCGGGGACUCCACCGGGACGUCCCACCAGUCCCGGAGCUCGUACGUCCCCCGGGAAAUCCUCUGGGGCCACAGGUUUCACGACGUCUUGGAAGUGAAGAGGAAGUACUACAAAGUGAACUGCCUGCAGUUCGAGGGCAGCGUGGAGGUCUACGCCCCCUUCUGCAGCGCCAAGCAGCUCGACUGGAAAGACCAGCAGCUCCACAGCGUGGAGAAGGCCCCGCCCGUGCGAGCAUCUGCCCCGCCCGACGCCAAGGUCAGAAGAAGGUCGUUCAGCGCCGUGGCCAUUGUCAGCAGCUCGGAAAACCCAGAGGAGACCACCCCCUCUGCCCCCGAGGAAUGUAAGGAAGCCCCGUACCAGAAGGCCCUGCUGACUUUAAAUAGGAUUUCCGUGGAAUCCCAAAUGUAG